CGCAUGAGCACAGCGCCACACUUUUUGAAUGUAGCCUUUGGACAAUGUGAACAGCAGAGACAUCACGCGACACUGAGAGACAGUUUUAUUGGUGUCAGGAUAAAGUCCUCUCAAUGAACUUUGAAGCUUCUCAGUCUCUCUUAGCUUAGUUUUGCUUGCUAGCUGCUAGCAAAGACACCAGGGAGUUAGCAACACAUCAGCGGGCAGAGCUCUUGUGUGAGUGUAAAGCGUUGCGAUUGUAUUAAAAUGUGUAAAGUACAAAUGCUGAGAGCGUUGGUGAAUCGGCGACUAACUUCGGCUGUCGAAGAAAUAUUUGUAGUGCUGGAAAGAACGAUAGCAGAGUACGAGGAGGAACUUUCUCGAACAAAAGAGGAGAACCAGCGACAACGUCAACUACUGGACGCUGUUUUCAAGAAACCCCACAUUGUGUUACACAGAGCAGACGUCAGUGAAGAACAUCUCCACCCAGAGCAGCAGGAGGGGACCUCCAGGGUGAAGACGGAGGAGCAACAGGCCCCAUGCAUUAAAGAGGAAGAGGGGAAAUCACAUCCCCCCUACAUUAAAGAGGAAGAGGAGGAGCCACAGCACCGCCACUUUAAAGAGGAAGAGGAGGAUCACAGCAUCAGACAGGAGGGAGGGCGUCUUGAAGGACUGGAGGAGUUCCCAGUGAUUGGUGUCCCUGUGAGGAGUGAAGAUGAUGAAGACAAAGGUGAAAGUGAGGAGAAGAGAGAGGUGGAGCCUCCAAGCAGCAGGUCAACUCAACACAUGACAACAGAAGCUGAUGGAGACCACUGUGGAGGAUCACAAGCACACAACCUCUUAGCUCCACUGUCAGAUAGUGACGACACAACGUCACACUCUACUGACACUGAUGAUGAAGACUCUGAAGCUGAUAUGACAUGUCACACUGACAACACACGCUGGAAAUGCUCUCAAUGUGACAAAAUGUUUGUUGGCAAGGAAAAUCUGGAAAUACACCAGAGACUUCACACAGGAGAGAAACCUUUCGCCUGCUCAGUUUGUGGUCGAAAAUUCUCUAAGCAGUCAGAUUUGAAAGUACAUACACGAGUACACACUGGAGAGAAACCUUUUGGUUGCUCGAUUUGUGGAAAAAGAUUCCCUUGUAAAAGUGUUUUACAAACACACACAAGAGUACACACUGGAGAGAAACCUUUUCCCUGCUCGCUUUGUGGAAAAAGUUUCUCUACUAAAGGUAAUUUAAUAGCACACACAAGAAUACACACUGGGGAGAAACCUUUUUCCUGCUCACUUUGUGAUAAAAGAUUCUAUAGUCAGUCUCAUUUAAAAAGACACACAAUAGUACACACUGGGGAGAAACCUUUUGCCUGCUCGCUUUGUGGUAAAAGAUUCAGUUGUAAAAGUCAUUUUCAAAAACACAUAAGGAUACACACUUAGGGCUCUAUAAUUUCCGCGUUCACAGAAUCACGAAAGGAAUCGCGGAUAAUAAAAACUGAAUCUACUGUUAAACGUGGAAUAUUGCAGAUAUUGAUAUAUUGAGAAUUAAAUGCUUUUUUUAUUUUUUGCUCUU